GCGCCCCGCGACGUGGCGUCACUUCCGGCGUGUGCGUUUGGCGUCCGCUCGUCGCAGAAUGGCUGCCCUGAGGAGUUGGCUGUCGCGGAGCGUAGCCUCUCUCUUUAGGUACAGACAGUGUGUUCCUGUCGUGACUAACUUUAGGAAGCGCUGUUUCUCGGAAUUGAUAAGACCAUGGCACAAAACCGUGGCAGUGGGAUUUGGUGUAACCCUGUGUGCAGUUCCUAUUGCACAGAAAUCGGAGCCUCAUUCUCUUAGUAACGAUGCAUUAAUGAGGAGGGCUGUGUCUUUGGUAACAGAUAGCACCUCUACCUUUCUCUCUCAGACCACAUAUGCAUUGAUUGAAGCAAUCACUGAAUAUACUAAGGCUGUUUAUACCUUAGUUUCUCUGUACCGACAAUAUACAAGUUUACUUGGGAAAAUGAAUUCACAGGAGGAAGAUGAAGUAUGGCAGGUGAUCAUAGGAGCUAGAGUUGAGAUGACUUCUAAACAACAAGAAUACUUGAAGUUGGAAACCACAUGGAUGACUGCAGUUAGUCUCUCAGAGAUGGCAGCAGAAGCUGCAUACCAAACUGGAGCAGAUCAGGCCUCUAUAACUGCCAGGAAUCAUAUUCAGCUGGUGAAAUCGCAGGUGCAGGAGGUGCGCCAGCUCUCCCAGAAAGCAGAAACCAAGUUGGCAGAAGCACAGACAGAAGAACUUCGUCAGAAAACACAGGAGGAAAGGGACGAGAGGGCUGAGCAGGAGCAGGAGGCCUACCUGCGUGAGGAUUGAGGGCCUGAGCUGCUGCCCACUUCUGCCCACUCAGCCUGGGGAAAGCAAGGGCGGAUGCCAUCUGGCCCAGGGUCAGCACAGCUUUCUCUGCCUGGAGAGGAGGUGGCAGAUCCUGCCCUGGCCCCACAGGCCAGAGGCCUUUGUGAGUUGUGAGUGCCUGACCCCUUCCCCCAUGGUCUCAGGUUUGUACUAGACCUGGUUCUUAGCCCGUGGGCACUGUGCCCUGUUUAACAUUUCACCCCACUCAAAACACAGCUGCCCUCUCACCCACCGAUCUUUUUAUCUCCCACCAGAGCAUCUCAGCAACCUGGCCAGAGAGGGGAUCCCUUUUUUGUCAUGCCCACAAGUUCAGUAGCUGUUUAACCUGUUUCCGAUCUUAUUCACAUUAUCAAAUAUAUUUAGUAUUUGUUCUCUCCAUGGGGAUGUGAGUUUGGGGGGAAAUGGAGCCUGUCCUGUUUGUAGGAGUUCUUUUUAAGUGUUUCUAAUGCCUUCUCUGACCUGGCCCCACUGCCCUGUAAGGACAGCUCAGGCCAAGGAGCCAAAAGUCCAUUAUCCUUCAGAGUGUUUACCUGGUGCUCUCAGCAGGACUUAGUCCAACACA